UGGAAGAAUUCCAGGAACGCGAUAGCGGUUGGGCUCUUGACAUGAUCAUAAAUAUUCGAGUCCACAUGAAUAAGUACUCUCCGAUCACAGCUGGGACUUUUUGUGAACUACCACCAGUCAUCAAAAAUAAAUUGGCUGUGGUUAAUGUCCAGAAUAAAGACCAACAUUGUUUUCUAUGGUCGAUAAUGUCAGCACUUUACCCGGUUGAAAGGAAUCCUCAACGUUUAACUAAGUACCCGCACUAUAAAUAUCAUUUAAAAUAUGAUGGAUUAAAGUUUCCCAUGUCUCUAGAUCAAAUUAAUAAAUUUGAAAAGAUGAACCCGCAUUUAUCGAUUAACGUGUACGGCUACAAAGAUUCGUUUAUACAUGGUUUGGAAAUUUUCCCUGUACGCGUUAGUUCGAACACUGCGGGGCAGAAAAUUCAUCUAUUGGCUGUGGAGAAUGGGAACAGUCACCACUUUUGCUGGAUAAAAAAUUUAGCAAAGUUGGCUCGAUCGGGUGUAACAAAAUUCGAGCAUAAAAUAUUUUUAUGUGAUCGAUGUCUCAACUAUUUUGCUACAGAAGGCAAACUCCAACAGCAUUCAGUAAAUUGUGGUGAGAAAGAAGCAGUGCGGGUACGAAUGCCUGAAACUGAUGACGAGCGGUUCGUUGAGUUCAAAGAUUUCAACAGCAAGGAACGUGUUGAGUAUAUGGUGUACGCUGACUUUGAGGCACUAUUGGUACCACAACAUCAUGAAGACAUGGAAAUGGAUCAUGGGUCUUAUACAAAAAAUAUUCAAAAACAUGUACCCUACAGUGUAGGUUACUAUGUUCAUUGUACCCAUGAUCCCAACCAAUCGUUUUAUAAGGCAUACCGUGGUGCUGAUUGUGUCAAGUGGUUUGUUCAUGAACUGGAACAAGUAGCGUACUCAUUAGAGCAAAAAAUAAAACACGUUAAACCAAUGUAUCCGCUCACCGUCGAACAAGAACUGGAUUUUAUGUCAGCAGAGAAGUGUCACAUUUGUGGUAAAGAUUUCGUAUCCAAUUCCAUACGUGUUCGCGACCAUUCACAUCGCACAGGUAUCUACCGUGGAGCAGCACACCAAUUUUGUAAUCUGAAUUAUCAAGAUUCAAGGGUGAUACCUGUUGUGAUGCACAACUUAAGUGGAUACGAUUCGCAUUUUAUUAUUGAAGCUCUGCUGACGGAAAUCGACGGUCAAGUUGAUGUGUUGCCCAUCAACAAAGAAAAGUACAUCAGUUUCACAAAGCACGUCUCGGACAUUCAAUUAAGAUUCAUUGAUUCCUUCCGAUUUCUCGCAGACAAGUUGGAAAAUCUGGCCUCAUAUUUAGAUAAUGAUAAAAAAUCCAUUUUACAUAAAGAGGUCAGUAAUGAUGAACAAUUUCAAUUGCUGACGAGAAAAGGUGUAUUUCCAUAUGAAUACAUGAGUAGCUGGGGACGUCUCCAAGAGACAAAAUUACCACCAAAGGAGGCGUUCUACAGUGUGUUAACAGAUGAACACAUAACGGAUGAGGAUUAUAACCAUGCGAUACAGGUAUGGAACACAUUCAAUUUACAUACACUAGGUGAUUAUUCAGACCUGUAUAUGAAAACUGAUGUGUUACUACUUGCGGAUAUUUUUGAAAAUUUCCGUAACACUUGUAUUCAUAGCUAUAGUCUCGAUCCUAGUCACUAUUACACACUUCCUGGCUAUACGUGGAGCGCCAUGUUGAAAUACACCAAUAUCAAAUUGGAAUUGUUCACGGAUAUUGAUGACUUGUUGUUUAUCGAGAAAGGAAUCAGAGGCGGUGUAAGUCAAUGUUCUAAUCGCUAUGCUAAGGCAAACAAUAAGUACAUGGAAGAGGGGUAUGAUAAAACUCAAGAAGAUGUCUACCUUAUGUAUUACGAUGUGGUGAACCUAUAUGGUGCAGCAAUGUGUGGAUACCUACCAACAGGAAAUUUUAAGUGGGUCGACACACCAAACAUCGAGGAUGUUGCAGAUGAUUCACCAGUCGGGUACAUUUUAGAAGUAGACCUUGAAAUACCCCAACAUCUACAUGAUAACUUUAGCGAUUUACCGCCAUGUCCGGAGACAACGAAACCACCUGGAUCAAAACAAAAAUAUCUUCUGUCAACCCUUUACAAUAAGACCAACUAUGUCGUGCACUACAGGAAUUUAAAACUGUAUACACAACUCGGUGUUAAGGUAACAAAAUACCACCGUGUGUUACAAUUCGAUCAAUCUGCAUGGUUGAAACCAUAUAUUGAUUUCAAUACCGAGAUGCGCAAGAACGCCUCAAAUGAGUUUGAAAAAGCAUUAUUCAAACUCAUGAUUAAUGCCAUCUUCGGUAAAACCAUGGAGAAUGUGAGGAAACAUCGGGUUGUGUACAUACGAAAAAAUUGGGAUGGAAAACAUGGUGUGAAGAAAUUAAUUGCCAAUCCCAAUUUUCACAGUAUGAUGGUGCUCGACAAUGACGUCAGUAUUGUUGAAAUGAAAAAAACACAGAUACGUUUCAACAAACCCAUCUACAUAGGCUUCACAAUUUUAGACAUAUCGAAAACGUUUGUGUAUGACUUCCACUACAACUACAUGUACCAACGGUACAACCCCACAAAUGUCAGGUUAUUAUACACAGACACCGAUAGUCUAAUUUAUAGCGUGAAAAAUACUGACGUCUAUGAGGUCAUGAAACAGGAUAUUAAUCGUUUUGAUACGGCUGACUAUGCACCCGACAACAUCUAUGGUAUGCCACUACGUAAUAAGAAAGUCAAGGGUUUAAUGUCCGAUGAAAAUAAUGGUGAUGUUAUGCUAGAAUUUGUCGGAUUACGUAGCAAAAUGUAUGCUAUUCGGGUGCAAAAUAAAAAAGAGACUAAACGAUCCAAGGGUCUCAAGAAGUCAGCUAUCCGAAAACUUACUUUUGAGGACUAUAAGCGG